GAUGAAUCGUGAUAAUUCUUCCCGAACGUUCUGAGUUGCGGUUAUCUUCAUUCAUUUCCAAGUGUUUCUUGAUUUCUUCAGAAAUUUGGGAAGUCAACUUCCACGAUAUCAGAGUAUCCUGAUAAAUAAAAGAAAUGUCGAUACAGAACUUCUUCAAGCGUUAUCUGCCAGUAGUUAAGGCCGACGAAGGAGAGGAAGAGGAACUAGUGGAUCCACAAACAGUCCUUCGGGAGGAAUGCAGUCAACUACCGAAAUGCGUCAGUUUCAAAGAGAAGUUGGAUACGUGCAACAAUCGUGUUAAUUCAAGAUCUCAUACAGAAGAAACAUGUGUAGAGGAGAUUUUGGAUUAUGUCCAAUGCGUAGAUCAUUGCGCCGCAAAGACUCUGUUUAGUAAACUCAAAUAAUUGCACAAUAUUUCCAUAAAGAACUAAACUAUUGUUUGCAAUGUUGUUUGCAAUGUUAAAGCUAAAAAUUUCUCUGAAACAUGUACAUAUAUAAUCAAAUACUAGCAAUAAAAGACUAAAUUAUUAUAGAUAGAAAUAUCUCUUCGUGGUCUCUUCAUCUGUAUUUCAACUCUACGAAAUAGUUUUUAACAAAUUUGAACAAUGUGUAUACAAUAGAAUACAUAAAAUAUGAAUGACAUAAUUAUACACAGA